CAUAAGUUUGGAAGGCACGCAACCUUGAUUUGACCAUUUUCCGAAACCAACCGGUGUCCUUUGGUCGUGUUGCCUAUUAUUGACUGUGAAUGAAAGCGGAAAGGACCUUUUGGUGUGAUCCGAGCGCUUCCGUGGUGCGAUUCGUCAUUCCUCGUCAUGUUACCCUCCACUUACCUCCGGCCCAUUGCGGAGGAUCAGUCCGACACGUCUUCGCUUCCACCGAGUCAGCGCUUGCCUCUGUCUACAUCCUCAACGAUAGGACCGCGAGUCUUUUCGGAUUGCGGUAGUAGUACUUGCGCAGUGGAAGCUGGACGAGCCGGAUCCGUCCUUUCCGACUCGGCUGUUUCCGACGCUGCCAAUCUCGCUGGACAGCACCCGGACGAUGACAAAGAAGGGACGGAUCGCGUACGCCAAAGUCGUCGCCCUUACAAAACGCGGGGUUCCGGUUCUUCACAAGCUCCCGAAUCAUCACGGGAUAGUUCGUCGGGUGCCCGUAGACGACGCUUGCAACGUGAACGAGAGGCGCAGCAUAAACCCUGGCAGUGGCUCACCCACCGAUCGACCCUGCUUUCGGUAGGAUUGUUGGUCAUGGUGGCGGUGGGCAUUGGUCUCUUGGUAGGACUGGGUGUGGGACAAGGGAGUAGCGAUAGUGAAAUGAGUGCGGCUUCCGGUAGUGGCGGUACGACGGAUAUGGCAUCUUCGACACCGGCUCCUACGCCCCUUCGCGGUGGGCCGUCCGCGCCGACUCCCACGGUGGACCCUCGAACGGUAGCGCAACUGGACGCCGUCUUUCGUAGAGUUUCGGAUCCUGCCUUAUUCAAUGUUCCCGAUUCGCCGCAAUCGCAAGCUCGGAACUGGAUGUUGACGGGUGAUUUGUUACGGGAAGACGUCUUGGCGGACGGGGUUGACCACGUUGCCCAGCGAUACGUCAUCGCCUUGCUUUUUUACGCUACGGACGGUCCCAGUUCCUGGGCACAUGCGGACUUUUUGAGCAACGACGAAAUGGAAUGCGAAUGGCGCGGAGUCCAUUGCGAUGCGAUCACCAACGUUGUCGACAGACUGCGGUUCCCUGGUUGGAACUUGACCGGAUCACUGCCUUCCGAACUGAUGCACUUGACCUUUUUACAGGAAGUCGACUUGUCGGAAAAUCGUCUCGUCGGUACUCUACCCGUACCCUGGUUUCCCACGUCAACCACACUCGCUACGGAUGUACCGUUUCCCGACCUUUACUGGCUGGACGUUUCGUCCAACACACUCGACGGGACUUUGCCACACGGUGUGUGGAAUAUGCCCACGCUACGGUUCCUAUACGCGCACGGGAACCAACUGAGCGGCAACAUUGAUCGUCACGGAAACUUGCCAUCUUCGCCCUACUUGGAAGAUAUUCGGCUGGACGAAAAUCUUUUGACGGGACCGUUGCCUUCCUGGUUGCCCGAACUUUCUUCCUUGAACAUAUGGAUUAGCAACAGUAAUUCCCUGAGCGGAAACUUGCCAGAUUUGUCGAAUCUUGUCAAUCUGACAUUCUGGGACGCUUCGUUCAAUAACUUUACGGGAAGACUGGAGGAAUCCUGGUUGUAUGGUAUGCCAGCUCUGACCAAACUCUUUUUGGACCACAAUGCGUUGACCGGUGUGCUGCCCGCACCAACCGCCGGUCUUCGCAAUACAGUCAUGGCAAAGUUGUGGCUCCAAGGUAAUCAACUGGCAGGCCCAUUUCCGGAAAACUUUGGUCGAGAAUGGCCGAAUCUCCUCGAGUUGCUAUUGCAAGAUAACGAAUUGACGGGAGUUGUGGAUGCCUGCAUCGAUCGACAAACAAUCUGGCCGAGAUUACAGCGCCUGGAAACUGACUGCUUGGUUCGGAACAAUGUGACAACGAACGAAACGGGUCCGGAAGUCCAGUGUUCGUGUUGCACCUCUUGUUACACGGAAACGUUGGUAUAAAGGGCCCCGUCGGGCAUAUUCGUGUUUGUGUAACGUAUAUGCGAACGUUCGUACUAUAUAUUUUACAUUUUU